AGAAAGGGCAGCCAGGGUUUCGUGUUCAUUAGAAUCAGAGUGAUAUUAAAGGUGGUGAGCUUGUGGCUACAUUUGCUGUCAGACAUAGGAACAGAUUCUGAACAAUUAGCUGUUGUUUAAGUGGCUUACAGUGAACGCCAUCGCUCCAUUCUAUUGCAUUUUACGUUUGGAUAACGUACAUAUACCUGCGAUUAGAUGAAAGAUGCUGAUGUUUUAUGUCGUUUCGAUUAUGACAGCUAGCGUUAGCUAGGUAUCAGAGGUUAUCCGUAUGACAUUAUGCGUGCAAGAUUCUACAAGACAGCGUCUUCCUUGAUUAGCGAGUAACAGCUCGCUUACUGAAUACCAAUUAUUUCCAGAGACGCAUUUAGGCUGACAUCAUUUGUACGGUUUAACAAAGAGAAAGACAGCAGCACCCUCUUCUGUUGUUGCCAGAAAUUGCUCCAAACACGAGAAUUUACCCCGGAAGAAGACGUUUGAGGUCGCCAUGGGGAGUAAAAUCAGUGGCAAGAUGGCAGCCGCCGGUAGGGUCGUUCAGGUCGUGCGGCCUCACGCUCCUUUAAUCAAAUUCCCCAAUCGACAGAGCAUGCCCCGGCCAAACGUACAAGAAGCACUAAAAUUGGCAGCAGCCAGCGCACCGCCAGCCUCCCCUGCAGCACCAAGUUUAGUGGCAUCUUCGGCAUCGACAGCCAGGCCCCCGGGGCCAAUUAGCCGUCUCCCAGGCCCCCCCGACAGUGUCUCCACCAUCAGGGACCUCCCCCAGAGGUACCGGCGGAGGCUGCUGGCUGUGGAAGAGAUGGACUACAUACAGCGUGGUGGACCAGAAUGAACCUGAAUGCAUCAGUGUAAAUCUACCAAAGUCCUUAUCUGUGGAAAUCUGUUUGUGUCUCUGCUAUAUUUAGUUCCUAAACUGUGGGGAACCAAACCUAUCACCACCUGCGCAUUGUAUAUUAAGGCAGAGUUAAAUAAAAAAAUAUUUAAUUUGUGGGGAAAAAUAUACACAUGGUUUUAUUUUUAAAGGUGAUUAUUAUUUAGCUUCACCAUUGUGUGUGCGGUCAUGUUUCCUUUGCAGCAAUGUCUGAAGUAUGUCAUUUUUAAAGCAAAGAAUGCCAUGUCAUUUUUUCAAAUGCUUAGCAGGCACCUCUGCAGUGGUGACAGGUUUGCGUCCCGCUCAUUGGUUAUACAUUUGCUUUGUAAAGUCAAGGGUGCAGCUGUUGUCUCCCUACUCUGGGUUUUGACCCCAUGACCUUCAGGUGCAGUGUCGGGUGCUGUAACCACUGAAACACAUGCAUAAAGCUGCUUUGCGUAGAUGUUGCACAUUGUAUUCCACAGCUCGAGACACUUGUAAGCAGAUGCUGAGAAGAACAGGAACUGAAUCAAGAGUGAUCAAAAUGAUGGCCAUUAUUUCCACUGGUUUCUCAGUGCAUUAAGUUAUUUAGUCUCGCCCUAGAGGGAAAUUUG